AUGGGUCUUAAUAACAAGAAGCGAAAAAACCCACCACCAUGUCCGCCGCCCGCCGCAACCGAUGAUAACGCCAAUCAAGAACAGAACAAGACCGAUGAACUUCCCCUCAUCAAAUCCCAAUGCCAGCUCGCAAUCGCCGCCCUCCGCCGCAACCCCGCCAAGGCCCACAGGCUCAUGGAGGACGCGUGCCGCAGUCACUCAGACUGCGCCCUCGUGCACGCCGUCCGAGGCAACCUGCACGCUGUGGAAGCUUCUAGGAUAGCCAGUUCCGACAGUGUCUUGAAACAGAAGCACAUGAGGAGCGCGGUUGAGUCGGCUCGACGAGCGGCCUCCCUGUCCCCGAACUCGAUCGAGUUCCGUGCGUUCUACGCCCAGGCAAUGUACAAUGCGUCGAGGGAUGUCGAAGGGUUCGAGGAGGCCGCGAGAGAGUGCGAACGGGCGUUGUCCAUCGAGAAUCCGAUCACCCCUGCUGAAGAAGUGUUGGUGGUUAAGGAGGAAUCCACGGUGGAAGAGCGGAUUCACGGUGUGAGGAAAAGAUUGGAGUGGAUUUUAGGGAAAUGCAGGGAGGCUUCUUUAUCGCUGAAGAAGAAUCUUGGAAAAGAAAUUCCACUGAAGGGCGUGAUCGAGGUUGUGCCGGUUGAUAGGAGGCCGCGAAAUGGCAAAAGGAAUGAAAUCAAGAUCAGGGUUUCGGAGGAAAGAUCCGAGCCAGAUAGUUCUAGAAUGAGCGAACGGAAGAGACAGACUUUUCGGGAGGAGAGAGAGGGGGCCGCGGCGAAAAUGGGCAAGUCGCGAACGUAUUGGGAUGCGAUGAGUGACGAGAGAAAGAUGGGGUUGAUUGGAGUUAGAGUUGGUGAUUUGAGGGAGUAUUGCUGUUCAGUAUGCAAGGAUGGUUUAGCGGAAAGGGUAUUUUCGGAAGGUAUCGGUUAUGCUGAGAAGAACAGGAGUUGGAAGUUCUGGGGGUGUUAUUAUUGUGAUGAGAAGUUUGGAGAUUUGGAACAGCGUUUGAAGCAUAUCGAGCGAGAGCACGAGGGGGAAAUCGGGCAGAAGUUGAAGGUGAAGCCGUUUGAGUUUCCAGAAAUUGAUGCUGAAUGGGCUGACAUGCUUGUGAAUGGUACAUGGGAGCCAGUUGAUACCCCCAGAGCCAUUAAAAUGAUUGAAAAACAAUUGAAAUCCCAAAAAUCGCGGAAAGGCUCAGUUGAUGAAAAUCGUGGAAAGGCUCAGUUGUUCGAUCAAGAUCCAGGCAGUGGAAGAAGAAACAAUGAUGAAACUUUGUUUGGCUUCAGUAAUUGUAAAUCUAUUCCGUAUUUUCUCCCCAGGGCCUGCAGAAAUGACCAGAAGUGGCCAUUGUCCGAUGAUAUUGAGCGCGCAAAUAUCCUACAAGAAAUCCAUAGACAGUUCCAAGUUCUUGUGAGAUACAAGUUUCUUACGGGGUACAAUCUUAGCACGGUUAUCACGCGUACGAUAGCAGAACUGCAGAAUUUUAUCCCAGCAUCGCAGCUUCAAAGUCAAGGCCUUGAAAAAUCACCUCUCUGCAUCUGUUUUUUGGAGGUGCCUCAGUUAAAGAAAAUCCUUGAGCUCGUACAGUGUGUGUACGAACUUUCUGGGUCUGACUUUGGUCGAUCUGAUGACAGCAAGAGAUGUCUUAUUAAGGAAAGGAUCUUUUUAACUGGUGACUCGUCGUGUCUCUUCGAUGAUUGUUUACUAAGGGUGGAGGUUAUGCCACACAGACAUCACGAUGGUGUUGACGAUGACAGUGAUGGUUCUGCCUCAACUUGCAGUAUUUGUGAUGAUGAAGUUGCUGUGCUGCCAGAUAUUGAUGCUUUUACGAAUUGGUUGUUCAAGGGUCCUCCGACUUCAACUGCAGAACAAUUAGCAUCAUGGACACGUUUACUAGAUGAUAUGAAACAAGAAGGGAUGGAGGCAUCAAAGGAUUUCGAGCAACAAUUUAAUCUAUUUGAAAGUCUGCGGAGCAAACAAAGCAAACUUCUAGGACAGUGCACAUCAUUACAAGCAAUUGAGAGCAUCUGUGCACAAGAACUCGAGAAGAGGGAGCAAGGUGGAAAGCAUGUCCCACAAAGUUAUGAAUCACUCUUGAAGAAAUAUGCAAAGGAAGACUCUAUGUCUGUGUUGGAUGUGAUAGUGGGAGUGGUGACAGAAGCCCGAAAAAUUCAUCAUUUGGGAGUUGAGGAGGCUUUGAAUAACAAGAGUUAUAGGUCAAAUGUUUUGAGAAGUACUGAACUUGAGGAUCAAGAAGAUGCUUCUAUCAGAAUGGCAAUCCAGAAGGAAAUGGAGCAGCCAUUAUCAGAGCUUCCCAGAAUUGAAGAACCAAUCACAAGGAACGGUGGAAUUAUGUGGCGUCUGUUGGCCAUAUAUAAGCAUUGCAGUUGUGAUUAUCGGGGCAUCAUGUUGCCUCUUGUGCGAAACUUCAUACAUGCAAAAUUAGAGGCAUUGGUUAAUGAAGAAGAAAAGCAGAAGUCAGAUGCUUUAACAGAAGCGCUUUUAUCAGAGCUUGCUCUUGAUACCAAGAAGAAUACUAGCGAAGGAAACAGUGAUCCAAAACUUUCAAAGAAAACUUCAAAGACUAAGAAAAAGAUUAAAGGCCUCAGGAAAUUGAAGGAUCCGAAGGCUACUUGUGGCGACGAGCUAAACUUGGCACAAGAGGAAACUGCUGAACAAGAUCACUUUCCUGUUGUUGCUGUACGUCCCGAUGACUUAAAGCUACGAGAACAGGAACUUAGGGAAAAUUUCAUACUGGAGGAUAGAAAGCUUAAAGAGAAGUUGGAGUAUCAAAGAAAGGUUGAGGACGAGGCCAAGCAGAUGGCUCUAGCCAAGAGAACCACGAAUGAAGCUGCACCUAUAAAGGUUGAGGAGUCGACUAAACCGGUGGUUGUUUGCUCACAAAGGACCAAAAAGAGAAGAAAGAAAGAUACGUUACAAGCACAGAAGAAUCUUCCCUUGGCAAAGAUCCCAGAAUUAGAAGAUGACCUUGGGGUCUUAUCAACUUGCAGCACGUUGGGAACUAUAAGUGGAUCAGAUAUAUUUAACCCCGGGCUGAGGAAUGAUACUGGUGAAUACACUUGCUUUGUAAAUGUCAUCGUACAGACUUUCUGGAAUUUAAGAAAGUUCAGAGAGGCGUUUAUGAGUGGAGCAACAUCCGAGCAUGUGCAUAUUGGGGACCCCUGUGUUGUCUGUGCAUUAAAAGAGAUUUUCAUUGCCCUAUGUGAGGCGUCUGCAAAUAAGGAAAGAGAAGCAAUUUCUCCCACUUCUUUAAGAAAUGCUCUGAUCAAGUUGAACCCUGAUAGUAAUAUAUUCCGUGAACCACAUAUGUACGACACUUCAGAAGUUUUGGCAAUCGUUUUAGAUAGUCUUCAUAAAUCAACAGUGGGAAGCAAAUGUGCUGAAGGCUCUUGGGACUGUGGCAGUGAUGCUUGCAUAGCACAUGAACUUUUUGGAAUGGACAUACUUGAAAAAAUAAUCUGUUCCAACUGUGGUAUGGAAUCCAGAGAAGAGAAGCAUACUUCUUUCCUCUACGGCAUAUGUGCGGGCUCUCUCAUAACAAUAAAGGCAUGUUUCAUCUGAUUAUUUAUUUUGAUGAAAAACUAGCAAAAAAAAUUUCCUCAAUUCUUGGGCUCAUUUUCAUUUGUUUUGCUACUUCAGAAUAUGCAGCCAGAGAGCCAUUUUGAUGAGAUUUUCAAGCUUGCAGAAAGGAACUAUGUCGAUUGUGAACCACAAUUUGCUUGUGAUCCUGAGAUAGGAGGAUGUGGCAAACACAAAAGUCUUCUCAGUUACCUGAGAACGGCUCCACACGUGUUUGCAAUAGCUCUACUUUGGCCGACUGACAGUGAAAGCAGAGAAGAUAUAUCUGCAACAUUGACAGCUUUGACUACUGAGAUAGAUAUGGCCGUCUUCCACGAUGGUUUAGAUUUAGGGAAAAAACAUUCCCUUUUCUCAAUGGUUUGCUAUUUUGCGCAACACCACAUAUGCUUUGCGUACAGCCAAGAGCUGGAGAAGUGGAUUAUGUACGAUGACGAGACUGUGAAGGAGGUUGGUUGCUGGGAUGAUGUAAUCUCCACGUGUGAAAGAGGGCGUCUGCAACCUCAGUUUCUGUUUUUCGAAGCUACAAAGUAGUUUUUUCUUUUGGUCAUUGAUUGGAACGCAUAGCAAGCCAGGCAUUCUUGCUCUUCAUCCAAUUCCAGAAGAUUAGGAGCCGGGUAUUGGAAGAAAAACUUCACUUUCAUACCAAAGUCGAUAGAUAGAUGAUAAAGUAGCACUGAUUAGGGAAUGAAAACUUUGGCAGCGUGGGAGGAAGACAACUUCUGUAAAUCUCUUUUUGUCUUUGUCGACACUCUAAUUUGGCUCAACAGAUAUUUUGGGUCCCACCUUGGGACGAUCCCGAUGAUGACGCGAUUUUGUAUACUUUGAUUAGGUGUGAGAAGUCUUAUGAACCAUGUGGAACUCUUAAAGGAUGAAGGGGUACCUUAGAAUUAGGAAUGUGAGUGCCGAAUGUGCUUAGAACGUGUUUUAGCCUUGGUAGCUUUGACAAACGUUGAUCAAGUCUGCUUUCAACCCACUUUUCGUAAACUAAACAUCUUUAUUUUUAUGGUUUGAUUCAACCAUCUUAUGGUACAUUCAAAACCCUCUUUAUUGAUAUAUAAUAAGCCUCAAUCCAAUUGAAAUGAGGGAGAUGCGAGGAUUUUACCAUAACGAUUCAUUUUU